CAAGUCAAAGAUUGGUCAAACUGGGCAAUGCAUGACACCCCAAAGCCUUCUGGACUCUGCCACUGUCUGUCUCUCACUCUUCUUCUUCUCUUCUCCUAGAAACAAUAAAUAACCCUAAUCCUCUCUUCCCUCCAUUAAUUUAAUACUCUUUUUACUUUCAAAUGGCAACUUUUUUUUCAUUUCAUUUCCUCUCUCUUUCUCUGCCCAACCCUAAUUAAUAACCAUAUAGAAGAGAGUUUCUAUGGAUUAUAGAAGCAAAAGAGAGUUUCUCGGUAACUUCAGCCACACUUGCAACAGUUAAAAAAUGCUUCUUUUUUAAUUUAUUCAACUUUAGUUAGAGCUUAAACUCGAAAACCCACUGAGAUUAUUCCAUCUCAUUGAUAUAAGUAUUAGUAAAUGAAAGGCUGUGACUUCAAAACUGGGGCAACCUUGACUGCCAAUAUUAACACGUCACGACAAAAACAAUCACAUCAUGGGCUUGCCAUGCAUGAACUCCAAAGAGACACUCCUAGCUUAACAUGACUUUAUGAGUUUUAUGUCUGGAUAAAAAAAAAAAUGCAAUAACCCCAGUGGAUAACCGGUGCAUGGAUUUUGAGCUGUGAUCUCUUUUGAAAACAUGUACAACUCAGAACACAAAGGUCAUUGCCCUCCAAUGAGUCCAAGAAUCUCCUUCUCCAAUGAUUUUGUUGAUUCACAGCAGAUUUUCAAACAAGAGAGAACCUCAUCAAGAUCAAGAUCAGAGGCCCCAGUAUCCACUGACUUCGAAUUCUCUGUCUCUAACUACUCCAUGAUGAGUGCAGAUGAGCUUUUCUUCAAAGGUACACUCUUGCCUUUCAAAGAUAAUGCCAAUAACAGCCAAAUGCAAAGGACUAUAAGAGAUGAGCUGCUUGUUGACGACGAUGAUUAUGAAGAUCGGGAAGUGUGCCUCAGGCCACCUAAGGGUUCAACAAGGUGGAAAAGUCUUCUGGGUCUCAAGAAAAGCCACAUUGGCUCCAAGAAAGUUGAUAAGAAUGAUGGCUCUAUGGAAAAAGUUGGUGGAAGUAGAAGGCUCGGGUUUGUGCAUGAAGAGGAGCUUUUGAGUGAAGGAGGGUCAAGUAUCACAGAGAUGUAGAGAUUGGGAUAUUGUGUGGAAUUUUUCUUUUUAGGAGAGGAAAAUGGUGAUGAUAUUUUCGUAUAUUUUUAGCAGAGAUUUUGGAUAAAAUUAGAGCUCUUGAUUAAUCUGUGUAAGUGGGUUUCUUUCAAACUUUGAUUAACCUUCUCUGUUUUUGGCUGUUUUCUUUUUGUACAAAAUCAAAAUUUCUGCUGUUGAAGAACGUCUUGUAUCUUGUUGAGCAC